AAGGAAAAUACGCAUUUCUCAAUUUCAACUAUAUUUCCCUCACCACCUAUUUUCAGAUUAAUUAAUAAAUCUCUCUCUCCCUCUCCCUCUCCCUCUCCCUCUCUCUCUCCCUCUCUCUUCAGUCUCCCCCAAUUCCAUGGAGCCAAUCGAAGGUGCGAUUCCAACAACGGAACAGCCAGCAUCAGAAUCAACUGCGGAAUCGCACCACGUAGCAGUUCCUCCGGGGCUAACACCGGAGGAGUUCGAGGAUCUCAAGCCCGCGGUGGCGGAAUUCCACAAUUACAGGGUCAACGCCGGCCAGUGCUCCUCCAUACUCGCGCAGCGCGUCCACGCGCCUCCGCAGGAAGUCUGGUCCAUCGUCCGCCGCUUCGACAAGCCGCAGACGUACAAGCACUUCAUCAAGAGCUGCAGCGUGCGGGAGGGCUUCACCGUGCGCGUCGGCGAGCUGCGCGAUGUCGCCGUCAUAUCGGGGCUGCCGGCGGCCACCAGCACCGAGCGCCUCGACAUCCUCGAUGACGAGCGGCGCGUGACCGGAUUCAGCAUCAUCGGCGGGGACCACCGCCUCAGGAACUACCGCUCGGUGACAUCCGUGCACGAGCUCCCCGGCGGAAACUCCACCAUCGUGCUGGAGUCGUACGCGGUGGACGUGCCGGAGGGGAACACGGAGGAGGACACGCGCCUCUUCGCCGACACGGUCGUGAAGCUCAACCUCCAGAAGCUCGCCUCCGUCGCCGAAGCUAGGGCUACAACGGAUUGAAUUUACAGGUAAUUAAUUAAUUCCUAUUUUCUGUCGCUAAGUCGUAUGAUAUGCACGACUGCAGUAGCUAUCAACGAUCGAUCUGCUCACAAUUUCUGCGAUUCGAACUCUGGAAAUAAGAUUCGAAGAAAAAGGAAUUAAUAUUGGGGUUUUUUGAGUUUUGUUUGGAACUAGUUCAUCUCUUUCUUUUGUUCAUUGAUUGCUGUGUGAAAUUUGAUUUUUGGUGGAUAUUGAUCAAUAAUUGGCGCUUCAAAACCUACUUUCUUCCAAAGGGGAAAAACUACAUUUGUAAUUGUAAUAUUGCCGAUUGGAGCAAAUGAAAUUGGAGAAUUUGAGGCUGUCUACAUCAA